AUGACAGGUUUUUGUGGUAUUUUUGUAGCCCAUCUGCCUCUCCCUUCAUCUAUGGUUCUCUACCUGAAGAGAAAUGCGGUGAUUGUUAACAAUGACAGAUAUCUGGUCCUUGUUAAAGAGAAUACAAAAGAAUUAAAAAGACAGCAACGUAUUACAAAAUCAAAGUUGAACAGUGAUCGGUUUGGUGUAAAAUGUCCUGUAAAUCGAUUGAAAAGUAAAAAUAGGAAAAGACCACAACGAAGGAGAGACGAAAUUCAUUGCAGGACACUUCGAAGAAGCCUGCGACUGCGUCACCAGGAGAUCGCGGAGCCCUCCUCGAAAAGAAGGAGCUCCGCACAAGAAGGGGCACGUAAACGUACCCCUGGGCCCGCCGUGGUGUUGUCCGCCGGGGGUGGCGGUGGCAGCGGGGGUGGAGGUAGCGGUGCCGCCUGGGGUCGAGGUAGCCGUGAACGUGACAGAGGUCGCGGGGGCGGCGCGAACCUAUUCGGUUCAGGCGUCGCCCCCGCGAAUUACGCUUCAGGAUUGCCAGGCGUAACGCCGGAGCUGCGGGAAGUUGUGAACAUCCUUGGCGAGAGGAACCAAGUCGGCACGCUCACCGGCGUGGGACCACCGCCUGGAGCCGUGGACAACGACGGCCAGGGGGACGAGGAGGAGGGCACCUCCCCGAAAAGGCCACCGAGACCCCUCUACAGAAGGCUGAUUAAUUACAUUCGACAGGCUUGGACUGGCGUGAAGUUUGCGCUAGACUCGGAAUACGAGGAGGAGCAGACGCCGCGAUAUAGACCGGAUUCUCUGGCGAGCCUUUGUCGAGCAACGAGAUUCACCGAGGCCGAGCUGAAGAGGAUAUAUCGUGGCUUCAAGGCAGAAUGUCCCACGGGAGUCGUCAGAGAAGAAACUUUCAAGUGCAUCUACUCACAGUUCUUUCCGCAAGGUGCCAACACUAGCCAGUACGCCCAUUACGUUUUCAACACCCUGGACCAGGAUCAUAGUGGUAUCCUAAGUUUUGAGGAUUUCGUUACCGGCCUCAGCAUACUGUCCCGUGGUUCCAUUGACGAAAAACUACGUUGGACAUUUUCCCUCUACGACAUCAAUGGCGACGGCUGUAUCACGAGAGAAGAAAUGACGGACAUCGUGACAGCUGUAUAUGAACUGAUGGGGAAAUUUGCUGAUCCAAAUUUGGACCACCAGGGCGUACGUGAAAAAGUAGACCGUAUGUUCCAGAAAAUGGACGGAAACAAGGAUGGAGUAGUGACGCUGUCCGAAUUUUUGGAAGCUUGCCGCGCGGAUCCGGACAUUUCAACGAGUAUGACAGCUUUGGACACGGCCUUCUGACACUCGGCACGAUCACGAUACACUCCAUGGACCUGAAGGGAUUUGUCGAUUUGUGAAUAAAUCGCUCAACGUUGUUCCGUAUCUCCUGGAACGGGGUGAAGAAGAACUUCUCCCAAAUUGAUUAGAAAAAUCUUCGAGCGAUAGGGGGAUUCGCAUCAGCACCAGCGAAUUUCGAGGAUUGACGCGUCACGAGAGAAAUCGUUAUAGAUAUUUUUCCUAUAUCUUGUUUAACACGAUCGUCAUUGAAAGAUCCAACGCGCGUAACGACUCGCCGAAAUAUCGCUUUCAUCGGGGCGGUUUCACAUCGAACGACAAGACGAACGGCUCCCUCUAAAUCAAAGGUCGCAUGAAAUGGUCGUGAGAAUAAUGAUCAUCCUUUCGAGAAUUUCUAGUUGUAGUCUCAGUAUGCGUAUCGCUAGACAAGAAAGGACUAGACGAGAGAGGAUUAACAUAUAACAAAAUGAUAAAAAAAAAAAAGAACAAGAAAACCGAUACUUCGUGGCUGUUAGUUGUCGCGAAUGGAAAUUGUUAUGGACUGUUUCCAGUAGUUCGUUUUUAAGGAACGCGCGCUACAAACGAUGAAUGAACACGCAGAUUUAGGAAAAGCUAUUAAUAGUAACAAAAAAAAAAACACACACACAAUUCCUAACGACGAUGAGGUUAAUGAAACUUUAAUAGGCGGAAGUUGGUGUUUAAUGUAAGAAGACAGAUCGUAUUCCCGUAGCACAGUGCGUCUUAAGGGAAAGAGAGGAACAUUUUUGCGAAAUAGCUUGUUAGGAUUUCCAAGUACCAAAGAGCACGCCACCGAGACUCGACGUCCGAACUGAACGCGGCAUUGUUUGUGCCAAAGGAAUCGCUGUACCAAGAAAGAAACGAGAAGCACAGAUAUCUCGACACAUCGUUUGUAUAAAAUUAAUAAUUGAGCUUAGCUUCGCCCAGUUACGUUUCUUUUUUUCGCUUAAAAGAAACGAUAUUUCAACGAAAACCCGUUCGCAUUGAGUCUUGAUACCGAGCGGCAAGCAUGCACGGUAUUAGAGCAUGGAUUCUUGAAUGCUCGCGUACCAAUAAUAACGUAGCCUAGUUUUUUACAAUAACCAUAUUUUUUACGAUGCUUAUAUUUGCCGCGUUAAAGCGUAGUGCUCGAAGUGUGUUUAAUUGAGACUAUUCGUCAACGUAAGUUUUAAUAACGUAGCGAAACGCAAUCGAGGUAAUUGUAAUUAUCGUCUCGUGGUGACAGAGUCGUAAACUUUUUUCUCUGUUUCUGUUUGCGAUACCGCAAGGUUGCAAAAUUAUGCAUCAGGUAUCGUCUGACCGCGUCCAACGAACGCGGUUAACCCGAACUUAAUUCGCUUUCCAAAACAUGCGUAUCUGAAAUCGUCAGAAAUAUCAGCUCCAGACUUUAAUUCUGUAUUUUCGAAACGAUUGUAACUUGGCGUUUGGUUUUCAGUUUGCGCGAGAAGAUAUUAACGUGCGGAGAUACUAUCUUCGCGCGAGAAGAGUACUAUAAGCCACGCCCUGUCUGUCUCCGCACGCGCCAUAUAGCUGUGAGACAAAGUAAUCAUUGUCAUCAUCUUGAUUUAAAACAAAUAAUGAUUGACGAAAUAUUAAAAACGGUACAUCUUUUAUAAUUUAUUCAAUAAUGCUUACGUUUUCCUCCAAAAAAUACUCAAAUUGCGUCACAUAAAAUCAAUUGUAGGUACACGAAGUUGUACGAAUACGUACAAUAUAGGUCGUACGAGAAAAAGUAAUCAUUGUUGACUUUAAAAUUCAAAUGAUUGGUUCAAAUAUGCUAUUUAAAAAGAUGGUGGCUGUGGCGCAUCCCACGAAACGUGGCUUGUAGUACUUUUCUCGCGCGAAAAUAGUAGGUCACUUAUGCGACGCAAAUGACUUUCUUUGAGCGACGCAGGUUAAAACGGGUAGCCGUAAAUCUCGUACGAUUUCUGAUGAUAAUAAAAAGGAGAAUCGGACGUGCUGACAGAUGAAAGCACGAAAAAUAUUAGAAAAGUUAUGAGCAGCGUGAAUGCGCGAAAAGAUGUUAGUAUGAGACGUAGAAAGUAUAUCGUAAAUCCCGCUGGAACAGCUGGCCAUGUUGAGCAGGACUCAUUGUUUCUAGUACGUAAGCGAGUAGACUAAGCGACAUAAUAAAAGUAUUUAUUUUUGUGACAGGUAAACGAAUUAUUAACCACGGUAAGAUAUUAGCUCGUAAAGACUGUGUGCUGCUAAAGAAAGAGAGAACGGAACGGGCAAGUAUUAGAAACAACAAUGAAUGAAGGAAAAGAGGCGUGAAAGCUCUGUUGAUUUCUCAUUCCAACGAUCUUUGAUCAGGAAUACUAGAUACCGAAUGUUAUUGUAAUUGCCAACGUUUUGCGGUGAAUGGACCAAAAUAUCAGGUGAUCACGACUGUCGAUAUACAGGGUGUCUCACGAAAUAUAGUAUCCUACAGAGUAGGGGAUGAUUCCGCGUGAAGAAAUAAAUCAGAGAUAGAGACAAAAGCUUUGCAGUUUCAAAAACAAGCAUUAAUUUAUUUCAGAAUGCUCGAUUCCCCGAUUUGAGGCAUCAUCGCUGUUUGUAAAUAUUAUAAUUAAAUUUCAUUUUUAAACAAUUGACAGGAUUGAAUGGUACUACCUAAGGCAAAAAUUUGUUUAUAUAUAAUUGAGAACUUGUAAUUGUAACGUUUAGGUUAUAAAUUAUCUAACGAAAUUUCCAUAGAAUAUUAUUAAUUAUUUUCCAACAUGAUAAAUAAAAUAACAAUUAAAUAUAAUUAUAAUAUUUGCAAAUAUCUAUCGAAAGUUGUUCGAAUCUUUGAGACUGCAAACUUUUGUAUUUAUUUCUAACAAUUGCAAACCUUUGUAUUGAUAAAUUGGAAAUGUAAAUUAAAAUUUUUUCGUGUAACUUCAUCUUCGUCAGAAUCUGCUUUAAAAAUUGAUCAGGUAUGUUAAUUAGGGGAAACAAGAUAAAAGCCAAAAAUAUUAAAGCAUUUUUCGAUAUUUAAUCGUUUUUUACUGUGCAUCUAUGUAUAUCCAUUAAAACUUUAUUAUUAUGGUAAACAUUAAUUAUAUUUGAAAGAAAUUUGUAGUGACGAAACUAUAUUAUUUUAAAUCCAUUCGUAAAAAUUGGUUGUAGGAUUCAAUACAGUAAGUUGUGACAUAAAUUAACGCAUGGAGUAAAUAGAUGCGUAAAUUUAAUGUUUGGUAAAAUACACGCGUACCUGACAAAUUUUCCAAAUUUAUUUGAUCAAGAACGAAACCUUGCACAAAAAAGCUUCAUUUUACAUUUGCAAUUUCUCUUUUAAGAAUCACCCUAUACGUGCUAGUUCUACAUCUGACAGUAUACACUACAGUGGUCGCUCUUUAACUGUCUUCUACCUUUUUAGCAAUCGCGUAGUUAUCUCCGCCACUUUAACUGCGUUUAACUCUCACUUUUCCUCGCUCUUGUUAUCCAUAUAAAUAAUCACAAGGAAAGUUCGGUAACUCAGAAUAUCAAGAUAAAUUUGAAAUUCAGAAAAAAUGUAGUUCAAACGAUGCUAAUAACGUGAUUAUAUUUUCUUCUUCAAUUAUUAUAUAAUUACGCUAUAUAUUAUAUUCGAUUAUUAUAUAAUUAUUAGAUGGAGAAACUAAACUUUAUAUUCAUUCAUUUGUAACUUUAGUUCAAGUAUCAUAUACAAAGUGCUGCACUUUCUUUAUCAGAGGCGAACAUACCUAACCACGCCCAGUGAAGCGCCUAACUUCACCAUAACCGUGAUGCCCCGAUCCAGAGCCUGCGACAGUAAGAGUGGCACCACUGUAUAUUUAAUCAUUUUCCAUCACUGCCUACUUCUGAAUUAAUGUAAAUAAGGCGGAUUAUCUUGAUAAACGGAACGAGACGCAAUGCAUCGAAAAUUCGAGCCCAUUAUAGCAUGAUGAGUAUUUCCAAAAGAAAGAACUACAAGAUGCUGUAGAAAACACUUAAGCCGAAUGUUAAAUCAUUCCAGAGACUACUAGUAAAAUUUUCUUUUCCAUCUUCCAUAAAACGUUGCAUCAGCCUCGCGUUUUCUUCUGAUUGUGGGUUUCUUAAGUACUAUACAGGAAGUCUCAUUUAGUGUGAGCACCCUAAAUGUCUCCGUUACCUUGAACGGAAAAAAUUGUUCUCAUAAUAUAAAAAACUUUUC